GCUCUUCCGGGGCAAUUGCCAUCGCUGACGGAGCGGGACGCGGUGAGCUGGGUCUCGCUGCGCUUCAGCUCCCUCUCGGUCUGCAUCUUGGCCCGCACUACCGCCAUGAGCUUCCUCAAGAGUUUCCCGCCACCCGGGUCGGCUGAGGGGCUCCGGCAGCAGCAGCCCGAUACCGAGGCGGUGCUGAACGGGAAGGGCCUGGGCACCGGCACUCUUUACAUCGCUGAGAGCCGCCUGUCUUGGUUAGAUGGCUCUGGAUUGGGAUUCUCACUGGAAUACCCCACCAUUAGUUUGCAUGCAGUGUCCAGGGACCUAAAUGCCUACCCACGAGAGCAUUUAUAUGUUAUGGUGAAUGCCAAAUUUGAAGAGAAGAAGGAAGAGGGAUACAGAGUUAGAAACAUCAAUGAGAGAGAAACAUUGAUCAGUUGCCUCCUGCACACCUCUUACUGGGGAUGUGCCCACAACCAAGAAGAAUCAAAAGAAUCUGUUACUGAUGAAGAAGAGGAAGACAGUGAUGAUGAUGUUGAACCUAUUGCUGAAUUUAGAUUUGUGCCUAGUGAUAAAUCAGCUUUGGAGGCAAUGUUCACUGCAAUGUGUGAAUGCCAGGCUUUGCAUCCAGAUCCUGAGGAUGAAGAUUCAGAUGAUUACGAUGGAGAAGAAUAUGAUGUGGAAGCACAUGAACAAGGGCAGGGGGACAUCCCUACAUUUUACACCUAUGAAGAAGGAUUAUCCCAUUUAACGGCCGAAGGCCAGGCCACAUUGGAGAGAUUAGAAGGAAUGCUUUCUCAGUCUGUGAGCAGCCAGUAUAACAUGGCUGGAGUCCGGACAGAAGAUUCAAUAAGAGAUUAUGAAGAUGGGAUGGAGGUAGACACUACACCCACGGUUGCUGGACAGUUUGAGGAUGCAGAUGUUGAUCACUGAAAAUGAUUUUAUGUUGCUUUUGGAUUCUGCUCAUAACUGUAGGAGAGAACUUGGUGCCUUUUCCUCUGUGGAGUGGGUGUUGAUGAAAAUAUUUUUCCUUCUCCAAAACUUCCUGAACCAGUUCUUUCUUGAGACAGACUGUAUGAGACAACAAGUUGUCACCAGCAGAAGAAACUAUGACCUUUAUUAACCAAGGUGAAUUUACUUAACCAAGAGGGUAUUUGUAGUUUAUCUUUUAUCCCCAAAUUUUCUGUCUAGGUACCUUCUGAGUAGUCCUAUAAUUCCUGCCUUCAGUGUAUGUAUCUUCCGUAACCUAGCAGGGGUAUGUGGUGAAAAUGCACGGGCACUUAGGGGAUGGAAGAGAGGCUGAAUCUAAGAUAGACCCCUUUAGGGCCUAAGGACACCCUUACCCUUAAAAAAGAAAGACAAAGAUCUCGGAUGAAUCAGGCCUCUGCUCGUUCUCCACAGGGGUAAGGAUCUUUUUACUAUUGGGACCCAGAUUAAUUCAUUCAGGCAUCUCUAGGGAGCCUUUUUGGAAACAUCCCAGCCGCACAUACUAACACAAGUGCUGCUUCUGACUAGCUUUUGCUCCUUUCACCAUGUUUCACCAGUCUGUUCUAUUAUAGCUUCUUAGGUUAUGUUACAUCCUUUAAUUUGUAGCCUCUUCAUUCAGUUUCUGUAGCAGAACACAUGAAAUUGGGAUGAAGUCCUCAAAGUACUCCACAUGAUAAUUGUUUUGUCUUUGUAAUAGCUUAACAAAUAAAUCUAGGUUUUCUAUGUUAUUGUACUCUCAUUCUUGACUAAAAUCAUUAAUGGGAAAUGUUUUUGUUUUUUUUUAAUGUUGGCAAAAAUGAGAAUCUUGUUGGUCUUAUUUUUGUUUGACUUCUGAGAAUAUGAACAUGAAAUGAGUAAGGAAGUGUGUCAUUAAAGCUUCUGGCAGAUAUUUAGUAGGGCAAAGAUUUAACACAUUUUAAGGAAUUUCUGCUUCCACUUGAUUUGGAGUAAUUUCUUCUAACAUACUUAUCAACUCAGUUUGUAUUUACAGAUUUAUACUUGAACUUCAGUACCAUUAUUUGACUUUAAAAAUAAGGUUAGAAAAGCUAUUCGGAAUCACUUGGCUAAUUAGUGACUAAACUUUGUCAUCAUUAAGCCCGGUUUUAUUUUCAACACUUUCCCUUAGUUUCCCUCAUCUUUCAUGGUAGACUGAAAAGAAAGUAAUUUUUCUUUUUCUGACCCUCUCAGAAAUACCAAAUUUGUUACAAUAGGCAAGUGAAAGGGCCACUCAGAAAGGACACUGGAAUGUACUGAGACCUUCAUACCAACUACUGUCCUGAGUUCUCUACAUAUGUUAUGCAUAUACUAUUCAUAACUACAUACGAGGAAGAGAUGUUUUUAUUGCAUAAAGGUUGAGAACCACUGAUCUAGAAAAUCCACUUAAAGAAAUUUAUCCUAUACAUAGUUUGCACAUUAGUAAAGGUUAUAUAUGCAAGGAUAUUAAUUGCAAUUUUAUUUGUAAAAGUAAGACUGAAAACAACCUCAUUGUUUAUAAUUAGGUAUGGAUCAAUUUGCAGUACAAUUUAAGGGUUAGAAAAUUAUCCUUAAAAGGAGUUAGGUAGUACUUAUGUAUUGAUACUGAAUAAGCUCCAAGAUAUAUUAAAUGGAAAAGAUCAGGAUGCAAAGAUAUUUUAUAUAGAAGACAUGGGGCCAGCUGGCAUGCUUGUGAAUACAUGAGAUACCUCUGGAAGGACAUAAGAAAGUGGUUAUAGUUAUUUCUGGUAGAAAUAGGAGAUGAAGAGGAGGGGUAAUUUGGAAACAAGCAGAUAUGAAUAGAAGUUAAGGCCAUAUGAAGAUGGAAGAGUGUAGUAAUGGAUCUACAAGCCAAGGAAUUCCUGGGGCUACCAGAAGCUAAGAGAAGCCUGGAAUAGGUCUAGGACCUCUAGAGGGAAUGUGGGCCUGCUAACACCUUUGUCUUGGGCUUCUGGCCUCAAGAACUAUGAGACAGUAUACUUCUAAACCACCCAGCUUGUGGCACUUCAUUAUGGCUGCAUGUGAAAACAAAUACACCGCUCCCAUCCCCCCCCCCCCCCCCCACACACACAGUCUUUUUUAAACUGAGGGAUAGGAAAUGGGGUUAUAUAUAUAUUCUUUUUUAAAAAAAAAAAAUGUUUUUAUUGGUUUCUAGAGCGUAAGAGAGAGAGAGACAUCUAUAGGCUGCUUCCUUCAAACCCCCUAUUGGGGAUAGAGCCCACAACCCGAGCACAUGCCCUGAUCGGGAAUCGAACUGGCGAGCUCUUGGUGCUUGGGUCAACACUCGGCCACUAAACCGGACUGGCUGGGCUGUUCUGAAAUUUUUUUGGCAUGUUAAAUUAAACACAUGUCCGUAUAUUCACGUGCAGUGAGGAAAUAAAGUUAUACAAAUACAACUGAAGCUUCUUUUAUAUUCCCCCAAUCCCAGUCCCUCUUCAGAGGUCACCAUCACUAUUCCAAAUUUGGUAUUUAUUAUAACUCUAUUUUUGGCACAUAUGUAUGUAUAUAUCCUAUUAAUACUGUACAUGAUUGGGUUCCAUAUUUUUAAAUUUGUAUUGGUUGAAUCCUUCUGUUGCUUUUACUGUGUAACACUUUGAGAGUUUUAUCCAAGUUGAUAUAGGCAGCUGUAUAGCACAGUUCGUCCAUCCUCUUGAUGGACAUUUAAGGUUCGUUUUUCAUUAAAGUAAUGCUGCAUUGAA